AUGUCUCGAAGGGAUCUUAAAAGUAGCGUGCCAGAUACUUAUGAGAUUUCUGAUGGAGAGGAUAGUGCAAAUACAAGUACAUGUGCCGACUAUCUUCCGCCUUCGGCGUCCUCCGGUCAAUCUUUAAAACCAAGUGGCGGACUAACUCCAAGCAAAAUAUUUAAAUCUCCAAAAAAGAAAAUCAAAAGACGUCAGCCAGAUGAAAUCGAUACAAGGCUAUUGCAGAUUGAAGUUAAAGUGCUUUCAAGAAAGUGCAAACGAUCCUGA